AAGUGCCAGCGCGUGCGGCUGUUCGUCCGUCGACAGGUAAACCUACGGCUUGCAAAAUGACGUUUGCAGAUUCUUGUGGUUCCGGUGUGCGACCAAUACUUUAAUAUGGUGAUCCCAGCCAGCAAAUGCUUAUAAGUUUGCUUUUCAUUGCUAACGAUGGCUAGUUGGGGUAGCUAACUCAUGUUACUACCACCAGAGUAUAUAUAUAAACUUGGUGCCGAGCAACAAUAGUUAUGCUGCGUGUUCUGUAAGUUGGCGGUACAUCAUCAUGUCACGUGGGGCUUGAGGAGAAAUUACAGAGCUGUACAAAUCAUGGAUAAAUAAAUUGUCAGUACCUUAAAAUUGUAAGUCGCUUUGGAGGGAAGCAUCAGCUAAAUUAAUAAAUGUGAACAACAAUACCCAGAAUGCAAUGCGGACCUGGAAAGCCCCCCUUAACUUAAGGAUGGAACCUGGUAGAACUUGUAUGCUAUGCUAUAUACACUUCACUGAUACAGUACUCGCUGACACUGACGGGCAUGUUACGGGAAAUGUGUGGAAGCAGCACGGUAUUUUUGCUCUUAUUUACAUGUAACCUGGCAGGUAAGACAAACUGUGCUGCGCCGUGGCCUCACACCUGACCUCCUGGGCUGUGUUUAUCUGCAUGUCUGCAUCAUUGCUCCCCAUGGAAAAGAAUUGCCAGAGGAAUUGAAAAAUCAGCGAUGAAGACAGUGCAUCAAGAAGAGAAAGGAGACAUCCCCAUCAGCAGCGAUGUCACUUCCUGGGUCUCAGUGUGUCCGAGUGGCCUGUUGGAAGUGGUUAGGCGGAGGACGCAGGAGAGGGGGAGAGGUGAUCAGUGUCCCAAGAUGGGUUCAAUCUGCAGAGUCCGGGUGCAACCCAAAACUGAUAAUUCAGAUGUGCAGAAGUCUGUCUGCGUAGUAGAAUCUGACACAGUGGCUGACACCCAAGGUGCAAUACAGACACCCUCCUAUCCACGCUCUCAGACCUCGUUACUCCAGAUUCCAGUGAGUCAAUGGGUCUCCCUGCGAAUGGGAGGAGGCCAAUGUGAUGUCGUUGAAACCUGCAUCGAAGGAAUGAAGGCUGGAGAGAGCUGUGAGCUGUCAGUUUCUACCUUGAAAGGCAGUUCCAUACAUGAGUCAGGAAGGACACAGCUAGGUGCUUGCUGUGCACUGGGACAAGUGGAGGCAGAGAAGCAGAAUGCGCAAGUGCAGGAGUUAACCGGCAAGGGUGAGCUGUUGGAAAACACGCAGAACCCCAGUGAUCCUCAGGUUUUCCUGUUGGAGCUUCAUUCCUUCACUCCUGGCAAAGAAUCAUGGGAGAUGUCUCCUGGGGAGAAGUGGACCUGGGUGAAGAACUACAGAGAAUGUGGAGGGGUCAGAUUUCAUGCAGGGGAUGUGUGGGGAGCGGCAGACUGCUACAGCCGAGCCCUAAAGCUGCUUUUCACCUUGAAAGACGAGAAAAAGGGAAAAGUGGAAGAGAGGAAAAGGGGGAUGGAAAGGAUUGCAGAGGAAGAAAGGGUGACUGAAGAAGAAAGUGAUACAAAUGGAGAAAGCAGAAUCGAUUUAGAUGGACAAAGAACAAAAGAUGAAGAGAAGAAAGAAAAAUUGCAAGAAAAAGGGGCAGAACUCCCAGUGAACUCCCCUGCAAACAGUGAAAAAGUAGCUCAGUUAUGGCCAGUACAGGAAUGCAUCCCAUCAGAAGAAGAAUACAAGACAUUUAGAUCAGAACUCCACUCCAAUCUGUCUUUGUGUCAGCUCAGGUUAGGCUUGCCAGAAAGGGCACGGCACAGCGGCAAAAGGGCUACUGAGCUGGACCCUAACAGCCCCAAGGCCUGGUACAGGCUGGGUCGGGCCUGCGUGCAAGUGGGUGAGCUGGGCAUGGCUCGUUCUGCUUUUAAGAAGGUCCUCGAGCUGCAGCCGGGGUCACAAUCAGCCUUAAAGGCUCUCAGAGAAGUGGGUGCGCGGGAGAAAGAAAUGGACAGCAAGCUUGGCCAAAGGCUCAGCAAAAUGUUCAGCUAAGGUCUUUCACUGUGGUACUGCAUGCUGCUGAGUGGGAAUGAACAGAAUCCCGUUGUGUAGAGUAGACAGAACAACAGACUGGGUAUAGACAAAACAACUACUAGUUACUAGUUACUGGAGUUGUUUUCGUGGUUGUACCUAACUGGGUCCAGUAGUGGCUUUUUGAGUUCUUUGCCUCUCUGUGUGUCUUUCUGUGUCGCUCACUGUCAUUAAUACUCCCAUUCCUGCUAUAGAGAAGAGUUUAAAAAGACAGUCAGGGAAACACGUUGCACAGGUUUGUGUGCUUCAGCCCACCUUCCCCCCCGGGCCUUGGUGCUGCUGUCAUCAUGUGUUUCCGCAGGUUAUUUAUUAACAAUAAUGUGAACGUCGUCAUACAGUAAAUGAUACAAGUAUAUAUUUUAAUGAUGAUUGUCAACGAGAUACCAGAGAUGUGAUGAGUAGGAAAUGGGGGGAGGCGUUAAAAUUGGUAACUGAGUAAUCACAGUAAAAUGAUCAGCAUGUCACUUCUGAAACAAAAAGGACAUGAUAUAGACAUUGAACUGGUCAUUUUGUACUAUUGCUCAAGGGUUUUAACUGGAACUGAUUAGUAUCACUGCAUGCAAAGAACCUGUAAAACUUUAACUAUUACACGUUGAACAAAUUAAAACGGAGAAAUACCGACAUUUGUCAAUUACCACACAAGUGUACAAUUUUAAUAUUUUAACCAUUUCGGUUUGACUAGUGAGCAAUUUUCAGAGUAGUUCAGCAAAGUAGAUGCCAGUGAUAACAGGUAAGUAGAAAUGACCUAUUUCUUAGAGACCUCAUAAUAAAUAAUGCAAAAUGUGCAUUUCAGCUAAACCAAAAUCAAAGGUAGACAUCAGUUCCAUAGACAGUUGUGAAAAAGAAAGCACAGCCUCUUUCAAUUGUAUGGUUUUAUGUAUAAAGACUUAAAAAAUAUAUAUAUCACCUGGUCCUGAAAUUGCGGUACAGU